AUGGACACUUUCACCUUGCAGCAGGUUGCUGAACACAAUACACCACGGAAUGCCUGGAUAGCCAUCCACGGAAAUGUCUAUGACGUGUCUAGUUAUCUCGAUGAUCAUCCAGGGGGCCAGGAGGUGUUGAAAGAGGUCGCUGGAACGGAUGCCACGGAAGAUUUCGACUACGCAGGUCAUUCAGACAAUGCUCAAGGCAAAUUAAACGCAUUGCGGGUUGGAACCCUAGAUAACUGGGUGAAGGUUACAAAGACCGGUACCUCGCUACGAGGCUCCACUCGAAGACUGCUUCCGGGUACAGGCGUCGUGAUGGUUUGUGGCAUUACACUGCUACAUUAUACCUGGAAUAUUGCUGGCAACAAACCUACUGAUAAGGGGAACUGGUCUUGGUCUACAGUAAGUGUGAUAUUCGCGGUCGCUGUGGCUCUUGGGGGUGCUCUAGGAUUGUCCAUCAGGAACAUGUUAUUCAAUCAUGGCAAAGGGGCGUUCCAGUAUCCCCCAUAUUAG